CACAGGUCAGCCGCAAUCCAUUGUGCUCGGUGGCAGCUCUGGAAAGAAGCCUGGCUGUCAACUAGUAAGAGCUACCAACUCCGGGGGAGGGGGCCAGGCAAGUCAACUCGAAAAGAGGGGUGGUUCGGGAAAAGGUGGUAAAAUGCCCAUGCCAGUCCUUCUCCUCGGGUUCUCCAUUUCACGAGGUACAAACGAGAGCAAGUUCAGUGCCCAGCAGCCCCACGCCAGGAACUUUCCCACAGAGAGGAACUCAGCCCCAAGACCCGGAGGCCCGGGCAGGCGGCCUCCGAAGGAGCCCCCGCGGACGCCAUACUAAAAGCCAAAAUGGCUGCCCCAAGGAAGCCCGCACCGCACAGCUAGAGAGGGCUGGGUAACAAGCUUGUGCGGUAAAGGGGGAGGGGGACUCUAGGAAGAGCCGUCGCCAGGACCAUCACCCAUCCAGCCGCGCAGGUUCUGGUUACAGCUACCCCUUGCUAUAACUUUUGAACUAUAUUUGGAAAAAUACUGGUCAUAAAAAAAAUGAUAAAAUUUUUCCUCAUGGUGAAUAAACAAGGGCAGACCCGACUUUCUAAGUACUAUGAACAUGUGGAGAUUAAUAAGCGCACGCUUCUGGAAACAGAAGUCAUAAAGAGUUGUCUCUCUCGAUCCAGUGAACAAUGCUCUUUCAUCGAAUAUAAGGAUUUUAAGCUGAUAUAUCGGCAGUAUGCAGCUCUCUUCAUUGUGGUUGGAGUUAAUGACACUGAGAAUGAGAUGGCAAUUUAUGAAUUCAUCCAUAACUUUGUGGAAGUUUUAGACGAGUACUUCAGCCGAGUGAGUGAAUUAGAUAUAAUGUUUAAUUUGGAUAAAGUACACAUCAUUUUGGAUGAGAUGGUGUUAAACGGCUGCAUUGUGGAAACAAAUCGGGCAAGAAUUCUUGCCCCUCUACUAAUUCUUGAUAAGAUGUCAGAAAGCUGAAAAUGGAAAGGCUGUGUCAGACAACAUCGACUUAUAGGAAAUGAGAACACCAUGGAAUACCCCUGAACAUGGACAGCCCAAAAGAAUCUGGAAGACCGUACAUUGCAAAAUGGGCUAUCCUCCUAAAGACAUUUUACCUUUUUUUUUUUUUAAGGGCUGUACCCACAGCAUAUGGAGGUUCCCAGGCUAGGGGCUGAAUCAGAGCUAUAGCUGCCAGCCUAUCCCACAGCCACAGCAACACAGGACCCAAGCUGUGUCCCUGACCUACACCAUAGCUCACGCCAACACUGGAUCCUUAACACACCGAGUGAAGCCAGGGAUUGAACCUGCGUCUUCAUGGAUGCUAGUCAGAUUUGUUUGCACUGAGCCACAACAGGAACUCCCCAAGGACAUUUUAAACAUGUGUUGUCCACCAUUCCUAAAAGGAAAACGAAACACAUUUUAAAAUAUGAUGUACAAAGAAAAAUUUUCCCUAAACAGAGAGACAAGUUUCAUUUUCUAACCAUAAGCAUUUUUUUUUUCUCACUUGUUUAAAUUUUGUGGAGUACUAAGGGACCCUUUUUUUGGUCUCUGCUUCCUUUUGCAAAUUAGACUCAGGAAUAGAAGCAUGGGUUGGGAAGAAAGUGUGGCAGCUAUCAGCCCAGCCAGUAAACUUUUUAAACUGAUUUAAACACACACAGCACUUUGAAUGACAUUAUUUUCUGAAUGCUAUAUUUUUCCUUUAGAAAUCUUAAAAAGUCAAAAGUUCACUCCAUUCAUGUACCUGAUGAAAAUUGCAGAAUUAAAUUUUAUUUGCCAGCAUAUAAAAGCCUGAUAUCCAUUUUAUGGGUACUUGGCAAAUACAAUGUUAUCAUGCAGUUAACUCUAUAGAGAACAUUACUACCUAAUAAUGAAUGGUUAAGCAUUAAAAACAGCUCUUACAACUAUCCUAUAUGCCUUAUUGUAAAGAGUUUGUCUUAUUAUUAAACUUACUUGUAAAUGAAAUUUACUUUAGUUCAAAGUUUAAAAACAGAAUGCAAGAAAAUAUCUCUGUUCAGGUUGCCUUGAAAUGAAUGUCUCUCCCUCCCUUUUACUCCUUCAACCCCUUCUCCUGGAAUGUCCUUUUCUUUUUGGUGGCAUGUGGAAGAGUGUGAACCUGCGCCACAACAGUGACCCAAGCCACUGCAGUGACAACGCCGGAUUCUUAACCCACCACACUGCAAGAGAACUGGAAAUGUCUUGAAGCAAAGAAAACCUCUAAGGCACUAUGGAAGAGCAAUACCCUGAUGCUUCCAAACCUUUUCACAUAUAUGCUUUUGCUGCUCAGUCAACAAAAGAUACCGAACUGUCUUAGGUAAAAACAUGUUUAUGUGCAUGUACAGGUAGGAGGGCAGGUGCAGUGGAGGAAAGAGAAAUACAGUCUUGGUACAGGAGGAUAUUGUACCAUUCAACGGAACUGCAAGAGUUCUUUCACUUGCAACACUCUUAUCCUCCAAAAGAGGAUAUAAAAGGACAUUCUGGGUACUGAUAAUUGAUUUAGUACUGUUUUGACUUUUCUCUCUCUCUCAUGUGUGUAGGUGUGGGUAUGGGUGUGGUGUGGUAUAAAUGGGGGGAUUUUGUUUAAAUUCUUUAUGUGUUUCUAAAAAAUAUACUUACAUAUUUCAAAGUUCA